AUGGUUCUUGGCAAGCUGUCUCAGGCCGAAGGCAUAUCAUAUUCACCCUUGCCCAUAUUUACUUCCGUCAGUUCAAAGCUUGAUUCGCUUGAAGAUCGGAAAGGAGGAGAGAAAAGAAUAGGGAGUGAAACAAACUUGAAUGUCAUCAAUGAAAUCACAGACUACCACACGAUUAAAGAAUCUUUGCCUCGAAACUGUCUUAUGCGGACACCAUGCCACACCAUCAGAGCCUACCUAAGCGCCCAAGUGAAGAAGUUCCUACCAUAA